AUGAACAAAUUGAAGACAGCACCAAUAUUAACGAUAUUCAUCGGUGGUAAUCAUGAAGCAUCGGGUUAUUUACAAGAAUUACCAAAUGGAGGGUGGGUUGCACCCAAUAUUUAUUAUAUGGGACAUGCGAACUGCAUCAAUUUUGCCGGCAUUCGAAUCGCCGGUCUGUCUGGCAUCUUCAAUAAACAUCAUUAUCAUAUGGGCCAUUGGGAACGACCUCCUUUCGAUGAGUACGGCAGUGCGGUUUCGGUGUAUCAUGUUCGUGCAGUUGAUGUGUUUCGACUGAAACAGUUACAACCCAGAAAUGAUGACAAAAGCGGACCGAUCGAUGUGAUGUUAAGUCACGAUUGGCCUGCUGGUAUAACUGAUUAUGGAAAUGUUGAUGAUCUGUUGAGAAGGAAGCCGUUCUUCAAAGAGGAUAUUCAAAAGAAUACACUGGGCAAUCCGGCGACCAUGUGCUUGGUUCAUGAGCUACGACCACGCUAUUGGCUGGCCGCACAUUUGCACUGUAAAUUCGCAGCACUGAUAGCACAUAGCGAUAGCACCGAAUCAGAAUCAAAUAAAGAAAAUGUGACACGGUUCUUAUCGCUCGAUAAGCCGUUACCCAGACGACACUUCAUCCAGAUAUUGGAAUUUGAUGUUGAUGAGGAUGCAGAUUUAAACCUGUCCUAUGAUCCCACUUGGUUGGCAAUCUUGAAGGCAACUGACAGCUUCACAGAUGCAUCGAAACGGGUUUCUUAUUCGAGAUCAUUGUUAUUUUUAAUUGUAGACUCAUCAAGAAUCUGUGUUGUAUUGCAUUAUAUGCCAUCGAGAGGUCAUUCGAGUGUUGAUGAGAUGAGUAGCGAUGCUGAACGAUGCGAUUAUAGACCGACCAAGGAGGAACUCGACCAUAUUGAUCGCCUGUUCAAUGGACACUUCACAAUUCCUCUGAACUUCCGACAAACUGCACCACCGCACUCUGCAACUGAACCCUUCAAACACACCGAAUUUUAUUACAGAAAUCCACAAUCGAUGGAAUUUUGUUCAAAGUUGGGUAUUCGUGAUCUGAAUGAAAUCUUAUGUGCGCAGUCAGCGAACGGUGUCGGAACGGCGUUUUAUCUGAUGCCUAAUGAUGACUCGAAACAGCAAGAUAAUACGUCUGCAAUUCAGUCAUCGUGCACUGAUAGUGAAGUCCGAAUUUGUUGUAAUUACAUAUGUCGAGUAUUUUCUUUGUUUGUUAUCACAGACAACUGGAUUGCUGAUAAUAUCCUAAUCGUAAGAUUAUUUAAGGAAUUUGAGGAUGGAUUAGACUUUAAAAUAGAUCGUGGCCGACGUUCAUCACCGAUUCGGAUUGAUAGCGAUCAACUGAAAAGUGAAUAA